AUUCACAACUCCCCGGCCCCUAACAGUUUGCAACCUACCUUUUGUCAAACACUGAUCAUCAAAUUCCUUUAGUACUGAUUCCUAACCAUUUUUCAUCAACCGCAGUACUCCUGCAAUAUCUGGGUUUUAUUUGAACUUUUCAUCUUCUUUGUUUGUUUUUGAUGGACGAGAUUGAUGUCCCUCGAUUAUUUCUCUGCCCCAUUUCUUUUGAAAUCAUGAAGGAUCCUGUUACGGUCCUUACCGGGAUAACCUAUGAUCGCGAAAGCAUCGAGAAAUGGUUGUUCUCAGAGAAGAACAAUACCUGCCCAGUCACAAAACAAAUACUUCCAGCCGAUUGUGAUCUAAUUCCAAACCACACUCUCCGGAGAUUGAUCCAAUCAUGGUGCAUCAUGAACGCUUCACAUGGCAUCGAAAGGAUUCCAACACCAAAACCUCCGAUCAACAAAAACCAGAUUGCAAAGCUCCUCAAAGAAGCUAAAUCUCCACAGUUGAAGAUCAGAUGUCUAGAAAAGCUCCGCUCAAUCGCCUCCGAGAGUGAAACCAAUAAACGUUAUAUUGAAGCUGCAGGUGCCGUUGAGUUUUUAGCAUCAAUUGUUAGUAACGCCAAUUGUUUUGCAUCAGAAGACCAAGCUUCGGAUGAUGGGGUUGAUUUCACCAGUACUGCAAGCUGCGAAGCCUUGAGCAUGCUUUACAGUCUCCAAGUUUCUGAAGCCGGCCUAAAGAGUCUUGUAGGGAAAAAUGGUGAAUUUGUCAAAACCUUAAUACGAGUGAUGCAACGUGGGAAUGACGAGUCUCGCGCUUAUGCGGUUUUGUUAUUGAAAUCCAUGCUUGAAGUGGCUGAUCCGAUGCAGUUAAUCAGUUUGACAACCGGAUUCUUCACCGAAAUAGUCCAAGUCUUGCACGAUCAGAUUUCCCAGCAGGCCUCCAAAGCUGUAUUGAAAUUACUAAUCCAGCUUUGUCCAUGGGGAAGAAACAGAAUUAAAGCAGUUGAAGCAGGCGCAGUUUCUAUUUUGAUAGAACUUCUUCUUGAUGCUUCGGAGCGAAGGGUUUGUGAAAUGAUUCUAAUGGCGUUGGACAUGCUGUGCGGAUGCGCCGAGGGGCGGGCCGAGCUGUUGCAGCACGGUGCGGGGCUUUCCAUUGUGUCAAAGAAAAUAUUCAGGGUUUCCCAGGUCGCGAGCGACAGGGCAGUGAGAAUUCUUUUGUCCAUUUCAAAGUUCUCUGCAGCUCCGGGUGUUCUUCAGGAAAUGUUGCAGCUGGGCGUUGUGGCAAAGUUGUGUUUGAUCCUUCAAGUGGAUUGUGGGAACAAGGUUAGAGAAAGAGCUCGAGAGAUACUUAAAUUGCAUGCUAGGGCGUGGAGGAGUUCUUCAUGUAUACCAAACCACUUCCUUUCUUCGUAUCCAUCUUGACGUACGGGCAAGAUCAGCUAGAAAUAUUGUGACUUUCCCUUUUUAUAGAUACUUUUUCUGUCUUCAUGUACAAAAUUGAUUGGAUUACAUCUAUGCUGGGGGCGAAUUACGCCCACAAAAAUAUGAUAAAACUUCAUAAGAUCAUUAAUGCAACGUCGAAGCUUAAU